AUGACGCUCUUCAGGAGGUUCAUUGAGCCCGGCCGCCUUUGCGUGGUGCAGUAUGGUCCAGACGAAGGCAAGCUUUGCUUCGUCGUGGACAUCAUCAAUGCGACGCGUCUUCUCAUUGAUGGCGCUGGCGUCACUGGCGUGACGCGCCAGUCCAUCCCCAUUCGUCGCGUGGCCUUAACCAACAUGCGUCUGAAGAUCCCCCGCGGCGUACGUACCUCGACGUUGCGUAAGGCUCUGGAAAAAGACGACGUUAUCGCAAAGUUUAAUGAAUCCUCUUGGGGGAAAAAGCGUCUUGCCAAGCAGCGCAGGGCGUCUCUUACAGACUUUGAGCGUUUCAAGGUUAUGGUCGCUAGGAAGCAGAGGUCGCAGGCCAUCCGUAGCAAACUGCAAAAGAGAAAGUAA